AGAACAAGGAUUUUUGGUAUAGCCGGACAAUCGGACCCGGACAGUCUUACAACCAAGGAAAUGAGAAACAGUUGUUCGGCAGUUUCCGAAACUCUUCGAUAAAUAUCCACCAUGUCCGUCAUCGCUUCGCGGAUAGCCCGUCCGCUGCGUAUCUCUUGCACGAGAGGUCUUUCACGAAUAAGAAUCCCUCACAAUGAAGUCUCCAUCAACCUCAAGUACCUUACAGAUGCCCACGAACGUGAAAUCACUCGCCUCCAGUGCAGAUACGAGAACCAGUUGUCAGAGCUUCGGCAAGAGCUGGAAAGCCUGAAGGAUGCCAACCGCAAAUGGGAACAACGGCAACGUAAAUCGGAACGAGAACGUGCAGAACAAGAACGAGAACGAGAAAGGGAAAUGACCUCGAGGAGUCGUAGUGAGGAGCAGUUGAUGCGCGACAAAAUCCAGCUUCUCCACAAGGUUGCGUGGCUGAGACAAGACGUGUCCGCAGCUCCAUCCUUGCGUAUGUGCUUAUUUCCCCACUUACGCAAAUAUCAUACACACCUAACCCCUGCAGGCAUCAUCGACUCGAUCUACCGGCAGCGCCUCGAAGAUGCCCUUGGGCCUCUUCUCCCUGGUCCGCAGUCUGUCCUCUCUGCGAUCAUCAACAGCGCCCUCGAUACCCCAUCACACACUUACGCCCGCUCCCGACAAAAAGCCAUCUCCCUAGUGGACCCCACCCUUGAAAAAGACGACGUCGACUUGGCUGGGCAUAACCUCUAUCGUGCCUGUCUUGAACACGUCCCAAUUCAAGAGUAUAGCCUGCCCAUUGACCUGAGAGAAGGCCAGCUUUCCCUCCCCUCGGUUGCUGCAUUUUUUGCGCUUGCUCAUUGGUCCCGGGUGGAGAUCUCGGUAGAUUAUCGCUCGAAGGGCGGGGAGCUGGUAGCGAGUAUCGAAGGCAGCUCUUACGAUGACGAUUCUCUGAACGAUAUAGAACUCUGACAACCAGUAGCUACUGGACGAAUGGUUAGUUCUUGAGUAGAACAUUGUCUGGAGCA